AUGUAUAUACAUGCAGGUGCGAGAGUUCAUACAAUUAGCACUGUUACACAGUUGCCUACCAGACUUUUGGAUGUAGUUUUGGAGACAUUAGUGUCACCUUCAGACUAUUUGCACUUCGGCUGCGUUUGUAAGUCGUGGAAACAUGCAGCAAAGGCUAAUAAAAAGCAACGUGCUCUUGUGUCAAUUUUCUGUCCUCCGUUGCUCUUGAUAGCUACUGGCAAAAAGGGGACGUGGAGGUUGUGGGACGCAAUGAAUAACAAGGUGUUUGAUUUGCAACUCAAGUUGUCGAACAAGCGGUUUUGUGGUUCUUCAAAGGGAUGGUUAAUAGCGGUGGACCAAAGUCAAACCAUAACCCUAACAAAUCCACUACCGAGGCAUAAAGGGAGGCGAAUGAAAGACAAUUCAAUCAUUCGCCUCCCUCCGCUCACUCCGCAAGGUGAGGAUGAAUUGUUGAUGUACCCCUCAAUAUGUAACUAUGGAGUCUACAAGGCUACAAUCUCGGCGGAUCCAAUAUUAUUUGCAGAGGAUUGCAUUGUUCUUGUCAUCUACGAGGACCUAUUGCAGUUGGCAUUCAUUAAACUCAAAGACACAAGAUGGACUUACGUUGAUAGGCGAUGGAAAAUGUUAGAAGACGUUGUUUGCUUCCAAGAUAAUUUUUACCUUGAUAACCGAAGAACACUCUUGUCGUUUCAUCUUACCCGUCGGUCCUACACAAGUAAGCUUAAUUGCAUGAGCCAAGAAACCAGAGGAUCCUUGCUUCAAGACAUAUCUCGUGAAUUCAAAUGA